GGGGGCGGGGGUGUAUGGACCUCGCUGCUGGUUUACGGGACCCACAGGCACCCCGAUUGUGCGCCGUUCCCAUCAAUUUCUAGGAGGUGAGGACAAAAGGAUUAACGCAAAAAAAAAGAAGAAGAAGAAGAAGGAGAAUAAGGAGGAGGAGGAGGAGGAGGAGGAGAAAGCAAGAGAGAGAGAGAGGGGGGGGGCACAUCGGGGAAAAGAAAGGCCCGGGAUCCGAGUGUCGUGGUCGUGACGGGGCCCCCUCGACUUCGCCUGGUGCUGGUCGGGGUUGUCUGGACUCUACGAGGAGAAGAAGAAGAAGGAGGUGGAGGAGGAGGAGGUGGUGGUGGUGGUGGUGGAGGAGGAGGAGGGGGGGCAAGAGAGAGGAAAAAAGCGGCGGAGCGGUCGACUCCAGACUCGGGUUUCUUCCUGCCUGCACAACAGCAGCAGCGGCAACAGCAGCAGCAGCAGUGGGGAUUGUCACAAAAAAAAAAAAAAAGAAACACAGAAAAAAGAAAAAGAAACAACACGCAGCCCUCCAGUCUCCAGUCCUCCAGUCUCCUCGAUGGGGCCUUGCACCGCUGCGUUUUUCAUUUCAGAGCCCUUCUGAUCGGCAGCUCGUGGAAAAUGAAUGUAUCUGCACGGAAACAUUGAAGAGAAACGGAGAACGGGAGCUCGAAUCGAAUGAACUUGAAGUGGAAUAAAUGGAUUACCCUCCUUUUGGAAAAUUGUUGCCAAGGAACUAGGUAGAAUUAAAAUGAUGGUUGAAAGGAGAAAACAAAGGUAAGGCGGCUGCACGCUGAAGGCACGCAAGAAGAGCUACAACACGGUCAAGGAGAGCGAUGACUAAAUAAGGACCAAAUACUUCUACAGUCCAAAUGAAUGCAUGCAGUAGCAAGGAACUGAAAACAGUAUUCGAAAGAACAUCUGAAAAAGUGUUACAUUCUGCAUCCAAGAGCCGAAGAAAAUAUCCAUGGAGUGUUCCCCUCUGGGAGGUUUAAAUGAAGGUCUGCAUUCAGGCUUCUUGAUUCUGUUACUGGAGGUUUUGUCUCACACAGGUGUGAGUCAGUUCCCGGAGAACUUGCACAUGUUGACGAACUGAAGGAUUGCUGUGACCGGACGUAGUCUCAAUGGUUUUAUUGAGAUUUUUUUCCUUUUUCUUUUUUUUACACAAGAUGUGAUUGGAUCACAACUCCGUUCAGUCCUUAGAAAAAAAGAAAAUCUCUGCUUGCUUGAGCUGUUAUUAUAGUGGAGCGUAUACAUGUUAAGACAUUUAAGGUUGGAAAUAUCACAUGGUGAUGUGGCAGUCGUCCAUGAGACCAUUUUGCCUGCUCAGUGCCAAACGACUUCAGCUUUUUGGGAGUGACUGCUUAUUUUUAAUCUCGUACUUUCCUGGAGUAGAAAGCGACUUCUUUACAUAUCUCUUUUGAAAGAAAUCAUUUAAGACCCUGAAUUGCAUUGGAAAAAAAACGAUUUUCACAAUUUGACCUUUUCCGCAAAAUUAUCAUCUAUCUAGUAUUUACACUACAAAAAGUGAAUAUAAUAUCUGCAAUCUAUAUAUAAACAUAUUCCUUUGCUCCAGCACUUCAGUGGAUUUGAAAAGCAUUUCCUUGUUUUACUGCCAGGCCAUAGACUCUCUCUUUGUCAUCUAUGGUUAAUGCCAUAAGCCUUCCAGUUUCGGAUCGGAAUCAUUCCCUGAUAUAGACGCUGACAGACAUUUCCGUUUUCAAUCCAAACUUGGAUGAACAAUGCAGAAUUUUUCUAACAGUCCUGCUCCCCCGUCCCUCCCCCCUGGGUUCAGUGGGAGGGGUGGAGGCGGACCUCCUUAUCCCCCUCAGCCAGCGGAGCCCCAGAUCUCCCCAAGGAUGACAGAUGAUUAUGCAGGGAUGCAACAGCAGAGGCUGCACAGAGGCCACCACCACCCAAGUCAAGCCAGUCACAUGCUCGCCUACAGUGCUAGAAGCAGAGGAGCUGUGGAGCCGCCGCCAACACAGGGUAACAUUCACAGUGACAACAGCAACAACCCAUACAGGAAGGAGGCCAUGGAUUAUUAUUUUUCGAUGGGUGGAAAGGACCGGCACAGAAGGGGAGGCAUGGGUUACGGGGGAGGCUUUGGUUACCCUAAUAUUGAUGGACAUAUACCUCACCAGUACCGACAUCCUGGAUCUAGCGCUGCACCGUCAUCUGGCCUUAUGUCACCAUAUCCAGUAGACUAUGGCUCCAGUGCUGGGUCAGGUGCAGGUGCCGGAGCGUUCUCUCCUUCUCAUCAGUACAAUAUGAGUCAGAACCCAGCAAUGCAGUCUGUGCAAGCUUCUCAGAUGCAACACCGCCAGCUCGGGCAGACCUUCUCAGCUGUCCACCAUGGACAGCAGCAUAGGAGCUAUCCUCACUCUGGGCAUCGAAUGACCCCACAGUACCCGCACUACUCUCCACAGGCUGCAGCUUCCACUGGGUCAUCAGGAAUGUAUAGCCCCCCUCCGCAGAGAUAUCUCGACGGGGCUGCUAGCACUGGGUUUGAUCCCAAAGUCAACAGUUCUCCCAGUUUAAAUUCUAGUUCAAACUCAAUCUCCAGUUCAGUUACUGCGAACAAUGUGGGUCCAAUGGAGAAUGUUCAACAGAGUUACCAUGCUUCGAAUUAUCCUGGAUAUUCCCCACAGACGCAUUCACUUCACAAGCAGGCCACACUACAGCACCGCAACUCGCAGCACAAUUUAGGGGUAGGUUAUGACAACUCUCUCAAGAUGCAGCACCAGGGCCCGUCCCCAGGCUCUGUUUAUGCUAAACAUCAUCAACCCUCCAAUCCCAGUAUACCUCAGCCAGCAUCUCAAGAAAUAGCCAAAUCCCCGAUGCAUUCGAAUGUUCAACAGACUCAAAUCAACCAAAACUUUAGCCCAAUAUCGAACCCGUCGCCCGCUGCCUCCGCAGUGCAUUCCCCCAGCUGUAGCUCUUCUCCUUCCCCAUUGAUGGGUGUUUCCGAGGCACAUGGAAACCCCUCAGGUCACGGACCGUCACAUCCUCCUACAGUAAACCCCCGUAGCAGCCACGGUCAUGGUAGAUUACUGCAGACCAUGCCCCAGUUAAGUCCCACGCCCAACUCAAACAGCAGCAUCAGUAGUUGUGGUAGCAGUGGCAGUCAUAAAGCUCACAGCAUGAGUGCAGGUGGAGUACCUCCUUCCUCAGGCCGUAAUAAAAUGGGUCUGGCUUCGGGAAUUGGAUCCCGAGAGGAAGGCCCCUCUAUGUAUUCAUCGUCUUCACUCGACAAAAUGCAGGAUGCCGGCAUGAAUAGUCUUAAUGCCUUGAGCUCACAGGUAGCCAAUUUACCAAACACAGUUCAGCACAUGCUCCUCACUGACACCGUGCUUUCGCAGAAGAAAAAAGAUGUCGGGCAGAUGCAACAGGCAACGCAUGCCGUGCCUCCUUCGCAACCACGUAGCCGAAAUGCGAGUGCAGCCUCGAGUACUAGCACGGUCAAGGACGGAAGUGCAGUGGGGGUUGGUGAUGGCGCCAGCUUAGAUGCUGGUGCUGAGGAAGAUUCCUCAUUGAUGUUAGCAGCAGGGCCACCAAUGACCAAGGCGGAGAGAGAGGAGCACUUUUCUGAGGGGGAGCAUAGGAGAGUGAGGCAAAUGAGCGGUGCAAGCAGUGGAUCAGAACCAGCUGGCUAUCACCCUCCAUCUCAGAGUCCAACGCAACUACAGGCUGGACAAGCAUUAAAUGUUAAAGCAGUCACAUCUGAUUCACCAUCAAAAGAACCAGUCGUAUCUGAAACAAAAGCAAACGAAGCUCGCAUUCCUUCUUCGUCAUCAUCGCCAUCCUUUGGAUGUCAGUCUUCAGAGACUGGCCCGACUUCACAUUCAACACCUCCAGUUUCCUCAUCCGCCUCCUCCAAUAUUCCUUCCCUCAUGCCAAAUUGUGUCCAAGAGCCUGGUUUAACUUAUAAUGACCGCAGAGAUGGCAACAGGAAGACAUCGGAAAUUAAAAAUGAAGUCAUCAAAAAUGAAUAUGAAGGCACGGUUGACAAAAUAGACAAAGGUAGUAGCCAGAUGCAACGGGAUGGAGAGGUCAAUGCACAAAAUGGUCAGGACAAAGAAAAUAGGUUGCACUCCGGAUUACACAAAAAUGAGAAGGAAGAAAACCACACAUCUGAGGAACAACAGAAUGCCAGUAGUGUUGGCGUGAUUGUUUCAGCUCGGUCUGAGGGAAAUCAAACUGAAAAAAAUAAGCAUCCCCAAGACAACUGUAUAGAAGAGAAACAGUCACACGCUUACUUAAAAGAGUCAGGCAGUCAUAAUGGAGAGGAAGGUGUCGAUCUUAGUCUGUAUUCCUCCCAUUACCAGAAAUCAAACUUUGGACGGCCUCAAAACCCUCCCCAGUCUGGUCCACAUAAAUAUGGCUACCCAGAAUCACCAUAUGGGUCAGAUUUAUCCAUUAAGAGCAAAGGGAGGGCUGGCCCUGUAGCUGCGAUGGAGUCAAAUCCCAGAUACUUAGGGUACCAACAAACCCAAACUGGUUAUGGUCCCAUGCAUCCGAAAGAUGCUGGUUCUGUAGCAGAGCCCGUAGUGAAGAAAGGUCAAGUGGCAGGAGCCAAAGGUCCUGAGGAGAAUUCACAGAUGCAGCAGUUCCCGAGCCUUUUGCAAGAGGUCCUUCAAGGUUACAAUCUAGAUAGACGUUACGGACGGCCCGAACAGGCAUUUCCUGCACAUCUCCAAGCUCAACAGUUUCAAACCCGACAUCCAUAUGGCGUGAGUGAAGGAAUGAGAAUGCAAAGUGGAGUAAUUGAGGGUUCAGUUCUUUCGGCCCAAAUGGGCAGUUCUGGAAAACCGCCAAACCAGAAACAUGGAAGUGAACCAGACUUUACCAUUGAUCCUCAGUCCUUAGUGAAGUCAGAAGUGUCCAGUACUAAAAUUCUGCAAAACGCUGAAAAAACUGAGGUGGGUGUGUCCCAGAGUCAUUUACCACCGACUGCAGACUCUCAAAAGCCCCCACCGAAACAUAUAAACUUGGCUGACUAUUCCCUGCCACAGAGAAAAGCGUUAUCUAAUGUGUCCACUCCAUCCUCCGCUGUGCAGGAGCUCCUCUUGCAAGAGCCAGAGCCUCUAGCCGGCAGCAUUGGUCAAAGCGAGUCUCAGAAAUCAUCAGGCUCCAUAUUAGCCCCAUCAGAGCGGCGCUCUGUCAUCUGUGAUGUGUCGCCAAACCGACGCAGCACACCAGAGAGGGACAGGGAGAGUGACAGAGAGAGAGAUCGGGAAAAAAGUCAGAGUGGGGCCUCUGUGAUUCAACAGCCAUUUUCCUCUCCUGCAGCAGCAGCCAGUGAUCUAAGUAAAAAGGAAACUGGAGAGAAACCGAUGAUGAAAAUGGAAAUGACACCAAAGGAGGUUAUGGCAGAUGCUGUGAGUUCACACACUGAACAUCACGGCGGCGGCGGUGGGGCUAAUGAGGCAAACAUGGAGUAUCAUUCCAAGCCUGUUCAUCCAUCAGUUGUUCUUAAUGCUGACCCCUAUAGGCGAGGCAGUGUUGAUAUCACCCCCCUGCCUUCUCAUCCAAUGAGCACUAAUCCUUUAUCUUCACCGUCGAGGCAUCAGUCUUAUCUUCACGGGGUAGAUCUGUCGACAGGAAGUGGCAGUGCAUUUCCUGGAUAUCGAUACGGAGAUACAAGAGAGGGAAACAUGAUGUCACGAAGUAAUCCCCAUUUUCCCUCUCACCACCCUUACCACAAUUUAUCCCCUCAGACUCAAUCCGCAAAUAAGCUUCAAAUGUACCCCCACCCUCGUGGCCCCCCCCAUCUCCCCCAUGACAUGAGCGACUGGGUAAAAGCAAUGAACAGGCCGUCAAAGGAGAUGAUGAUGCAGCCUGGCUCUUCUCCUGGAAGACAUAAGGUCAGCCAAUCGGAGCAAAGACAGAGGAUGAUCCCCCAACCUGACAUGGCCAGUGAACAACACACAGCUAAAUCAUCGCUGCACCAUCAAAGCGCUUUCUACGAUAUGAAAAUGUGGGAGUCUGCGCAUUCUGGAGGAAGAGAAAGCGCUCGAAUAAUCGAGGGGGACGCUUACUACAGGGCACAGCCGCCACCUCCCCAGCCGCCUCCCACGCUCCCUCCUCCUGCUCCUGUAGUUUCACAUGGGCCUAUUCCUCCGCAGAUUUCUCACGGGCAAAAUGCUGCUGAACCUGAGUUCUCAAGAGUGGCCGCAGAGGAAGUCAAACAUCCCUGCCCACCUCCUCCAUCCAGCUCCGCUAAGCCUCUUGCUGAUAUCAACUCCACUCCACCACAGGUUCAGCGACAGACUAAAUCCGGGGGAUCUGGAGACACAAAUCCACUAAUAUUAAGGAGGAGAGUCCGCUCUUUUAUCUCUCCCAUUCCCGCCAAAAGGCAACUACACGAUGUGUCUCAGCAGAGGGCCGCCACAAAUUCACAUCACUCUCCUGGGGCUCAGUCCGAGUCCAGCCAUCACAAUGAAGAUGACUCAUCCAGUUCAGAUAUCCCGUGUCCCAGGCUCUCUUCCCCUCUGCCAGGAGAGAAUACCUUUUCACAACCUCUGUCUCCAUCAAGUGGUAACACCAAGGUUUUGCCUCACAGAAAAGGCCGCGGCUUGAAGCUGGAGGCAAUAGUGCAGAAAAUUACACCAAAUAUUAAAAAGCCAGCAAGCCACGCUGAUGAUGACUCAAAUCAUUACCCAGGCUUCUCUCACUCAGAAAUACCAGCGUUUAAUGAUUCACAGGACCAAGACUUAGCACAUUUCCCCAGGGUUGCAGGAGGGGAGGAUAGUUACAUGGAUGAAAGUCACUCUUUAAAUGACAUGAUUCCCUUCAGAGGAGUUGAUGAAACGGGACCUUUACCUCCCUCUGCUUACCCAUGCGAUCCACAUCAGACGUCUCAGGUCCUCAAACAACAAGACUUUGACUUUGGAUUAGGAUCUGCCGUUGCGUCAGCAUCUGGUGACAAGGAAGACUUCGCUUUGCUCGGACCUUUGCCCCCUCCUCCACCUCUUCCCCGCCCGGUCCAGGGCUCCCCGCCUCCCUCUUCAUCUGCCCUCUCAGAUAUUCAACAUUUCACAAACACUUACCAGCAGCUUGAGACAAGAAGAGGAGAACAGUCAGCUGCUAACCUCCUUCGACAGAAACUUCAAGAAUCUGGCAUGGGAUUUGAUGAUUAUCCUGGCAGUGACUACUAUGGAACCACCCCUCCCCACCAUAGCCAGGCUCAAGGACACAUGCUGCACAGACAGCAUCAAAUGUGCUCUGGUAGGUCCAGUCUGUCUCCACAAGACUCAAAGCAGCUAGAUAGCAUUGUGCCCAAAGGCUAUUUCCCGUCUGGCAAAAAAAAGGGCAGGCCCGUUGGGAGUGUCAAUAAACAAAAGCGAGCUCAGACCCAAGUGCAAACACAGCCCCAGUCUCAAGGCCAGCCGCAGAGCACGAGUCUGAGCGCUCCUUCAGCCACACCCAUUCCAAUUACAGCCGCCGCUAUAAGCCCAGUGCCAAUGCAGACCCCCAGCAGCACACCAACCCCCACGGCACCACCCCCUCUGCCGGACAGUCAGAGCGCUCCACCCCUGGCCCCACCUGUUUUAACCCAGGUAGUGAAAGUGGAUGUCGAAAGCGAGGACGCACAGCCGGAGGUUGAGGUCAAGCCUGUGCGACGGAGACGCAGAGGAGUGAAGGAUGAAGACGAGUCGGCGGAGGGAAGUGGAAGACAGAGGAGGCGGAGGAGAAGGACUGCUGCGCCGACGCCUUCCAUGGAUAAAGACGACCCAGAUACACCUUUAAGGGCGGGAGGUGGUCUCGGUACGGUUUUCGUGGAUCCGAGCAGGAAAGGCCCGUUUGUUCCUCACAUACACGUUGAGAAGAAAGUACCCGAGAUCGGGGCAGUGUGCACCAUUGUGAACGCAGAGGAGGACAAGAUGAAAGGGGAGCGCGGUACAGUUGGAGGGAAACCAGGCGCGAGUGGAAUUGAGUCUCUCCUGACAUCAGCUCUUUCCUCCCAGUUGUCGAGGAGAGACAGGGAAUCAGAGAAGAGGGAGAUGGACGAGGUGGAAACCACACUUCAGUCAGGAAAAGCACUUCCGUCAUCUGGCUAUGUUGUUGCAGGCCCAGUGAUUACGGAAACCAAUCAUUCUGGCCGCCUGCUAUGUUGCCUGUGUCAGAAAUGGGCAAAUUACAAACACCUUGGAGAUCUCUACGGGCCGUACUAUCCGGCUGAAUAUGCUGCAAAGCUCCCCAAGAAUCCGCCGCAGGUCAGACAAUGUCAGGCAACCACAGGCACAAACAAAACGGGACCAAAUUCAGAAAUAACCUCAAAUCCUCUGAGCACCGUCCAAGACUCGCAAACACAAGAGGCUAAAUUUACCAAUCCCUCGACUGAGAGUGACUAUGCCGUCAGACUAGAUACAAACGCAACAACUCUUAACACUACAGUCAGACCUUCCUCCCCUCCAGCGAAGGAGGAAAUGAUGAUGCAUGUGGCGAGCAAUUUCAGCAACACGGCACCGUCUUCUUCUUCUUCUUCUUCCGCGUGCGCCGCCGUUAAAACAUCCCUAACCUGGGACAUGAAUCUGGACACCCGGCCCAUCCCUGAGCUCAAGAGAGAGCCGGACCUCGAAAUCGACCAACAGCAGGCGCCGAAACCGCCGCCGCAGCCGCCGGUUGACGAAGCUCAACAGCGACCUCAGCACAGGAAGCUGACCUCUCACCCCCGCUUCAAAAGGAGGCACAAGUCCAGCGACGACUCUCCCAGGAUGGUGCCAUCCAACAGCAAGGCGUCCCUGCCCUUCCAGCCUCCUCCGCCCGCCCUGGAUUCCCUGGGACCCUUGGCGCAACUCGCACAGCUGCCUCAGAUGCCCAUGGACCCGGAGGAGCUGUGGGUCCACGAAGGAUGCAUAGUGUGGACCAGUGGGGUGUAUCUCGUCAACGGCAGGCUUUAUGGCCUGCAGGAGGCACUAGAUGGCGCCAGAGAAACAUGCUGCUCGUACUGUGAGAUGGUCGGCUCAACCCUGGGCUGCUACAGUAAAGGUUGUACACUUCGCUACCACUACAUGUGUGCUAUUGAAGCUGAUUGCUCUCUGAACGAAGAUAACUUCUCGCUGCGGUGUCCGAAGCACAAGGUAAAGAAAGAGAGUUUACCCAGAGCAUCCGGCCAGCCAAAUCCUUCUACCUGGAGCAGUCAGAGAGAGGCUGAGAGGAUCGGAGAGGAGGAGGAGGAGACGCAAGAGGCUGAGAUCUGUCAGUUUGGACAGUAGGAGACUGAGAAAUGUGAAAAAGACACGACAUGGCAUCUUUGACGGACGACAACUUAAAGGGAAUGUACAAUUUCUCAACAGGAAUCUGCAUUAUUUACAUUUAAGACUACGGAGAAAAAUACACAUUUUUUUUUUUUUUUUUUAAGGAGAAUUAUUGCGCUUCAGCAGAAAAAAAAAAGGAAAACAAAAACUUGCAACAUGGAUGAAUGGAGCUACAAGAAAAAGACUAAAGGAGAAAAAAAUACAAAGAUCGAAGUGGAUUGAAAGACGGAGGAAAAAAAACAAAAAGAAACAAACUUCCUCUCUAGGCUUCCUUUGAUUUUCCUGAGACACCGUUAAAGUGUUAAACUCCUGUUUAUCAUCUGUAUUAUCAUUUAACUUCUUUUCAGUUUUUCUUUUUGCUUUUAAGAGGUGUAUCGGGAGCAAGUUGGGUGUCAAACCCAAAAAAAAAAGAAAGGGGGAGGAUUUUCUAUCCUUUCACAAGUAGUAUUUUUAUCUUACGAUAUUAGGAUGGUCACAAUUAUUAUUUUAGUCCUCAUUAUUACUUUGUAUCCUCAUCAGUAUUUACUCAUGACAAUGGAUGUAUCUCACUUUAUAAUCAGACGACACAUGAAUUUGGAUUUAUUUUAUUAUUAUUAUUUUUUUUUAUUUUUUUUUUCCAUUCCUGGAGAGGGAGGAGCCAGAGUGAUGUUGUCUGGAAUGUCAGGGUCGAGUUUGCCACAAAGACAUUAUUGCCUUGGAGAACGGACAUCUGUUGCCUUUCUAAAGUCGUGUAUGAGUGAGAAGCGAGUGUGUGUGUGUGAGAGUGUGUGUGUGUGAGAGAGAAUCUGAAAAAUGCCGAAAUAUCUGGGUCUUUGAUUCCAUUUUUGGUCCUUUUGAAAAGUGUUCUUAUUUUUCAUCACUGGGGUUUUUACGGUACAGAUAGUAUUCACGAAAAAUCAGAUGGAACGCGAUCUUAUUUUUCAAGUACAAAAUGUUCGUAAUGUGCAAAGAGACGGAGAGAGACUUGUCAGAGGAGGAAAUAACACUAAGGACUAAUGCGUGUCCACCAUCUUUAACCAUGCUGGCUGGAAAAAAAAAAAAAAAAAAAAGAUGGGAGGACAGGACGCUGGGGAGUUUCCAUUGGUUGUGGAGCCGUGUACCAGGUUUGGAUGUUCUUCGCGCCGAGUUCCCGUUUUCUCGGGCAGUUACGAAACGUUUUCUGACCUGAACUUUGGAGAAAGGGUGUCAUGUGGACAUUUUUGGGGGGGGGGGGGGGGGGGGGGGGGGGGGGGGGAGUGGGACCGAGCCCGACCAAGUACUUUUCAUUCUUCUGUGACACAGCAGCAAUUUAAUCGGGAGAUGCAAAAUCCAUUCAAAAGAAGCAUUGCCAUAAGAAUUUAAAAGUGAGUCGUACAUGGUGUUGUCUUUAUCAUUUUUUAUUGUUAUUCUUGUAAAAAACUAAAAAAAAAAAAGUCAAAGCUGAAAGAAGACAGUUACACUAUCAGAAACCAUGCUGUAUUAGAAACCUGUCAAUAUGUAUAUGAAUUAUGAAUACACUUAAAAAAAUGCUUCAA